AUGACACUCGCUGCCAAUUCGAGGAGGGGCCAAUUGCUGUCGAGUCCGGAGAGCGGCCUUAUCUCUAGAUUUCUCUUUGACGGCCGAAAUAAUGAGCUGAGCCACCAGAGCGCUCUCGCCGCUGCUCAGGCAGAGCACAAACGCGUGCGGGAGGCGGCUAUUCGGGUUUUUGAGCUCCAUUCGCUUCAAGAAGAGCGUCAGCGAAUUCUAGAAUUGGAGCGCAAGGAGCAGGAAAGGUUAAGAGUGGAGGCGGCAAUAGUCGAAGAAGAGAGAAGGCUCCGAGAGCUCAAGGCCAAGACGGUGCCAAAACUUCCUCCCGAACCCGUGCCAGAACCGCCCAAGAAGGUAGAGCCAACGCCUGUUCAGCAACCAGUCGCUGCGAAGCCUCAAGAACCUGUCAAGCAGAACCUUACCGAAGCAAGGCAACAGCCGACGUCAAAUGCUGCUGCCCCCCUGAAUCGCUUGGCACCAACAACACUGGCCAAGCCCGUCGCUCAACCGCCUGCCGCUCAAAUCCCAGUAGCUCGCCCUCCCCCAGCGCAGAAGAAUGCCCUGGCAGAUCGAUAUGUCGAAAUUCACAAGGAGCUGAAGAAGCUGCGUCAAGUGCUGCAGGCCGAAGCAAAAGUGCCUGGGUCACCCCUGAAAGGCAAGAUGGGGACCUACCGAAGAGAGAUUCGAGUCUCUAUCGGACAGCUUACAGCAGGUAAAGGCGCAAACGCUCAACCUAUUGCCAAAAUUACAAUGGCACUCACAGAGGCACUCAACGGUACAGUGCCUAGCGCUCCCAUUGAAGUGAGCCGGUUUACCGUGGGACAGAGACAACCGGUUGCGGGGGCAGUAAAUAACGAAGCCACUCUGCCCUCUCUCUUCAUCUACCUAUUGAACAUUUGUGCCAAGGGCAUCAUUAAUCAGUUCAUCAACGAGUGCAGUGCGAAUCCCAAGGCUGCAGAUCCAAUCGGCGUCUUCACAGCCCAGAUAUUUUCUCAGAAGGAAUUUCAAUGGUGCGGUGAAUCUCUGAUUGACAUCCUCAUGGCCAAGUUCCGAGUCGUCUGUCCGGUCUUGUUUGGCUUGAGAGGAAGUGACAAAACCGAAAGAGGGAGACAAGCCAUAGGAUGGAAAAAGGAUGGGCCUGGGUAUGUUACGGAGCAGACUCACAACGAUAGGAUGACAGGUCUGGGUACCGGUUUCGCUUCGAUUUCCCUUCGCGACUUCAGCAAGACGGCCAAGGUGAAUCCGUAUACAUCAGUCAACUACUGGAAGGCGUUGGCCGGUAUCGUCAACUCACCUCCUAAUGAGACUUCGAACACACAAUACGUGGUCUUGAGAGCCAUGAUUGAAGGCCACGAGCAGCGGUUUUUGAAUUUUUACGGAAACGCAGCCAUCGCCGCGCUGCGCCUGGCGUUGGUCGAAUUCCCCAAGAAGGCGCCGGCGAAUGCAGCCGCUGCGCAAUCAUUACGAGCAAUGGUAGAACUGCUUCGCACGGAAGGACUGGUCCUGGGCUGA